AUGGAGCAGAAGCGGAAAGAACUCCAGGAAGAAAGAAGUAAUCCAGCAGCACCGUGGAGGAUUGGGAAAGGCAUAGGCAUGGCAGACAUAAAAUUUAAGAGGCUCUUACGGGUUCACCAUGUGGAUGCCGUUCGGGUUCAUCCGUUGAUGAGCCUUGGUGAGCUGCUACACGUCCCGGGGUUGUCACGGUUGUGGCUGGAGGUGGAGGCCCUCAGACCCGGGAUACACCCCACAUGGGGAAGAAUUAAAAUUGCAAAGGGUAACUCGGGUAACUAUGUACCGUGUAAUGAGGUACCUUCUACCGGGAUUAGAUUGAUUAGUAUGCAGUUGGAAAUGCCCAGGCUUUAUUUCCAAUGCAUGUACGAGGGCAUUGCGCUGCUUAAUCCGGUUACUUGGCCCGGGGGCAUUCGGGUCGAUGUAGCUGGAGCGCGGAUGAUGCGGGGGUGGGAGGCUCGAGUCGUAGCCAGCCAAAUCUUGGCGACGACGCCUGGACAGAUCAGGACUGAGCUCGGAAGACUAGGCAAGACAAGCGAUAGGCAAAUAUUGCAUGUAGGGCUCGACAGGGGCCGGAAUCGGAGAAUUCUGCAGUCCAAAGUCGAAGACUGGACCCCAUCCUCAAUCAUGCAAUACCGUAUACCCACAAGCAAUACUGGGUCUUGGUUACUUUUCGCACAAAGGCGACCGCAUGCGGCACCUGACCGAGAGCAGCCACCCUCCGAGAAGUUUCUACGAAAACGAUGCUUUUCUCGUGGCCCGGUCAAGCGUCAUGGUUCAAUGUCACUGGACUGCCAUGUGGUCGGCAAUGUCCGCUCUACCGGCGAUGCGUGGACGAUCAACAGUUCGGACUUUGUCCGACAACUCACUGCCAUCAUAAUUUCGCAGUGGCGCUCCAUCACCGUCAGCAGCACCUUAGCCGAAAGUGGGUCAAGUCUGACGCCCGAGUACGGUGCCAGUGAGGGACAUCCCGUUCUUCUCCCGACGGGAUCUCAUCCGCGUUGUAGGAAGAAGGAGGAGGUAUGGGCUGACCCUUGCGGCCGGCCGUUGGGUCGACGUAAGGUGCCUUGGAGCCAUGUCGGUACGAUGACAUUUGUUGUGCUCAGAAUCUCUGCUUGGCGCUACUGGGAGAAGAGGGAAGGGAAAUGCGGGGAAUGCUGGGGUGAUGAGUGGAAGAAGACGGGAUUACACGGUGGAUACACACACUGUGACGGUAAGACGCCCAGCCGGAUUCGGACCAACAAUGGGCUUGACGGCACGGAUCCAUGGGAGACUGGCUAG